AUGAUCUCUAUGCAUGGAUACAUAUGUAUGUUGAAUAAUCACGACCAGGACUAUCUAACAAGAGAUUGCGGAUCAUCGAAUCGUGUCAUUAGGUACUCCAUAUCACAAGCAUCAGAAUCACAUCGUUUGAACAAGAAGGUAUUAGUAGUAGUAGUAGUAGUCGUAGUAGUAGUAUUAGUAGCCAUCGCAAUCGUAAUUCACUUUCCAUCACAAAUGUCAUCAAAGUCGAACAAGAACAAGGUCAUACCAGUAGGUACUACGUAUUAA